CACAGUCGAUCUUCGGCUGCUUCAAGGUGCGGCUCUGCGUCUGCGCGUCAACUCUGAAAAGUUCACUCUUGAGCGGUUUGGCGGCUGAACGACGCGGAGACACCUGAGCAGGUCGGUUCCAAGGUUCUUUAAAGGUCUUCAGUUCUUGCUGUGGACCAGAGUCAUGUCCUCUGGUAAGAACAAGACCCAGACGUCUCUGGUCCUCCAUAAGGUGAUCAUGGUGGGCAGCGGUGGUGUGGGGAAGUCGGCGUUGACCCUGCAGUUCAUGUACGAUGAGUUCGUGGAGGACUACGAGCCCACCAAGGCCGACAGCUACCGCAAGAAGGUGGUGCUGGACGGCGAGGACGUCCAGAUCGACAUCCUGGACACGGCGGGGCAGGAGGACUACGCCGCCAUCAGGGACAACUACUUCAGGAGCGGCGAGGGCUUCCUGCUCGUCUUCUCCAUCACCGAGCACGAGUCCUUCAGCGCCACGUCCGAGUUCAGGGAGCAGAUCCUCCGGGUGAAGGAGGAGGAAGUCAUCCCUCUGCUGGUGGUCGGAAACAAGUCGGACCUGGAGGAGCGACGGCAGGUUUCAGCCGAGGAGGCGGCGGCGAAGGCCAGCGAGUGGAACGUCCAGUACGUGGAGACGUCGGCCAAGACCAGAGCCAACGUCGACAAGGUGUUCUUCGACCUCAUGAGGGAGGUCCGCAAGAAGAAAAUGUUGGAGAGCAAAGACAAAAACGGGCCGAGCGGCAAGAAGAAGAAGAAACACUGCUGCUUACUUUAACACCUGAGGGCUGCAGCCGUCCAAUCAGCAGCCGGGGAGGAGGUCACAUGAUCACCUGUAUAAAACACACACAAAACAUCCACUAAAGCAUGAGGACGCUGGAACCCUCUGAACCACUAGCAGCUUUAAAAAAACCAACCGAGCCAGAAACUGUAAAAACUGAAAAAUUCACUGGAUGCUGAACGCAUCAUGCGCAACUUCAGGUUCCUUCGGGAAAAUUCAUUGAGAUAUCGCGACAUUUCAUUGAGAUUGCUUUAUUCUUCACGCGCUGAUUAAAAAAUUUGCCAAAAAUAAACGCUUUGCUGUAAAAAUAUUCUGUAUAAAACAAAAAUUCUUUGCUCUUCCGUGCAACAGUGAAGCUGUCAGCGUCUCAGCUGUAAUUAACGAUUGUGUUACAAAAAUUCAGAAUGUUUUUGACUGAACAGCAGGCAGUGUAGAUGGAAUGGAAGCAAAUUGACAUGUAAAUACUUAAAAAUCACCAAAUUCUAGAGCCAACAUUUUAAUUUCUCGUGUUUGUGGACACUUUUACACAUUGAUUCCAUGUUUUUUUCAGGAUUUGUUGCAUUUAAACUCCGUCAAACUGCUCAGAAGACAUUUUUGAGUUCUCUACUUCUAGGCUUUAUAAUUCAGUGAUUAAAAACCGCCGCUGGGAGUUCAGAUUGUUGACGUUCAGCCGUCUACACUGAAAAAACUGAAAAAUUCACUGGACACUGAACUUUCCAACAGUCCUCGAACGUAUCACGUCUAACUUCAGGUUUCUUCGGGAAAAUUCAUUGAAAUAUCACAAAUUUUCAUCGAAAUUGCUUUUUUUUUUUACAUGCACUGAUUAAAAAAUUUGCCAAAAAUCAGCACUUAGCUGUAAAAACAUUCCAUAAAAAACCAAAAGUUCUUCACUCUUGGUGCAACCAUGAAGCGUUUACUGACCCAGCUGUGAUUAACGCUCGUCUUACAAAAAUUCAGAACGUUUUCGGCUGAACUGCAGGUAGUGUAGGUGGAAUGGAAGCAAAUUUACAUGCCAAAAUUUUUUAUUUCUAGCGUUCGUGGACACUUUUGCACGUCGAUUCGAGUUAAUAAUCAAAGAAAUUCAAUUUUUUUUUCAGCAUUUGCUUCAUUUAAACUCCGUCAAACUGCUCAGAAGACAUUUCUGGUUCUCUACUUCUAGACUUUAUAUUUCAGAGAAUAAAAGCUGCUACUGGGAGUUCAGAGGGUCGAUGUUGAGCCGUCUACACUGAAAAAACCCUCCUCAGACAGAAUCAGAACAUAAAAAUCCAUAAACUGUUUGUCUGAAGCUGAGUCCAGGACGAACAGAUUGAGGAUAGAAACCAGAAAGAUGCAGCGACGCUCUGCUCCCAGAGCUCCUGCCGCCUCGUAGGAAACGUCUUCCUGCCUUAAAACUCUCCAGUAUUCUCAGAAGUUGCCUCUGAAAAGCCAAAAAUGUCUCGUCUCUCCUUCCUCUCAGUGUUUCCUCGCAUUCCUCGUUUCUAAUUAAGACACUUCCAGACACUCCGUUUGUACGAAGCUUCGUCUUCACCUCCCACCGGUGGAAACCUAAUUGAUAGCCGACCUUUAAAGGGAAUAUUUAAACACCGCGUCGCUUCGUCACUCUGUCGGACUUUUAAAGCUGUUUUUGUCGACUUUACAGACAAACUAUUUGAUAAUAAAAGACCGACUGAUCACAA